AUGUCUGCCCUUGCCAGGGCCUGCGUUCACCGCAGCCCAUGGCUCACUCGAUCCUUUCCCCGCCAAUGUCGCGUCUCAAUCAUACAAAGUCCUCGCACACGACCCCUCCUUAGCACGACUUUCCGUGUGUCCUCCUCGUCCGCCUCCGAAACACCUCCGACGAGUCCUCUAUCGGACGUAUCCACCCCACCUGCCUCACACAUCCCCAACCCGCCUCCAGGCGCACUCGCCGACGCGAAUCCGCCUAAUGCCGCCCUUCUGCUCUUCUGCCUAUCGACUGGGCUCGUAGACAGCCUCACCUUUGCCAUCUCUGGCGUGUGGUGCGCCUUCAUAACCGGCACUACCGUCCAACUAGGCAUGGACAUCCCUUUCCUCCUUAACCACUUUCCCACGUCAUCCACCGAACUGUCCGCUGCGCUCACGCAUUUCACUACCACCGCCUCCUCCGAGCGGCUGGCCGCACUCUCUGGCUUCCUCCUCGGUGGUUUCGUGGGCCCGCGCUUUCCACGCGGCAUCACGCCCGCGCGAUGCAGUAUAUUGCAGUCCGCACUACUCGCGUCCGCGUCCGCGCUCGUACUAGGGCUCGGCCCUACAGUUGCAGGCGCCACGGCUAUGCCGUGUCCACAUCUCACCCUCGCGCUCAUCUCGUCGAGCAUGGCACUCCAGGCCGUGCUUGUGCAGCGCUUUGCCACACCAUAUGCAACGAGUGUCGCGUGGACAAGCGUGUGGCUGGGCGCCGUCGCGAACGGAUCUACGUCUAGACGCGCGAAGAAGUUCGUCGGUAUUGGCAUGGUCAUGAGCGGCGCCGUACUCGGGGCCGCCAUCUUGACGCUAGGGACUGAGGAAAGCGCAGCGGCAGGGGUCCUCACUCCUGGCAAGGAGGGGAAUCCGGAUGAGGCGGGGAGCAAGCAGCAGCUUGUGAGGAGAGUGGGAUGGGGGCUUUCGGUUGCAGCAGCAAUCAAGUCUCUAGCUGCAGUUGUCUUCUGGAGAAGGGCGAGGAUGAGUCGAGUUCAGAUUUGA